CUCACAUCGUGGACCUUGAUCUUGUGUGGAAAAGCAUCAUCAGGGUUUUUGGUUGGUGUGUGUGUAUGAGGGGUAAGUGCUCGCUUAAUGACUUGGCAAUGGGCAUGAGUAAUACUGGCAGUGAUUCUAAAGGAAAUUCUUUUACAGUCUGAAAGAGAGUCCCCGAGCUUAGCCUGCUAACUGCAUGGAGUGCUUUCUGGAUUCUGCUGUUUGUGUACGACAAAAUGCUUUAAUUUCCCCUUCACUUUGACGAUCAACGUUGGAAGUGACUGGCUUCAUUCUCUGCACCGUUAAAUAGUCCUUUGUAUUUUUGUACGUUCCCAUAUAGAUUGAAAGAACUAUAAUUGGAAGACAUGUAACGUUUAUCCAACCCUUGGCGUUGCACCCGUCGAGGUUGUCCUGUUCACUCAUAAGCUGGUAUCUUGAAUUCAGCUUGGGAGAAAAAUGUAAAGAGACUUUUUUUGUAAAUAUAUUUUUAAUGAAAUGUCCUGAUUUAAUUAAAGGAAGCUGGAAAAACACCAGGAUGAAUGUACAGAAUACUGUCAAAACGGCUAAUGGAAGUCAACCCCCCAUUUAUGAGGAUGAUGACAAUGGUAAUAUUUCGGAAGCUGAAAAUCUUCCCAGUCUUUUAAAGCAGGAGUGUAAUGUGAAUGUAUGUGACCAAGGUUCUGGGGCUUUAGACUGGAGUACGAGUUUAAAAGAGAUUGUAUUUUCACCAUCUAGUCCUAAUGCUUUUGAAUUGGAUGACACCGUUGACUACACAAGUAAGGUAACAGAACAUGGUAGGUUAAAAGAGAAAGCAGACUUGUCUGAAUCCAGUAAAUUACGGCUGACAUACAUAAGUACAGUGGAAGAGGGAGAUACCGUGGAUUAUAUUAACCAUGAACAAUUUCAUCUGCGAAGUGGUUCCACCUUCUCAUCUCACACCCCAACACAAGCAUGCACAUCAUCUGAGAUCAUGAAGGGUCCUGAUCAUUUCAGGUACAUGCACAACCGGAAUGUAGAACAGUUUGUGCCUUCUUUACAACAGUUGACCGAUGAAUGUAAUGGAAAAACCGAACUACCAAGGACUUUACAGUUUACUUUGAAACAAGCUGAAGAAGUCUGUGCAAAUUUGAUCACCACCACGGACAACAACAAUAAAAGGACUGAAACGGAAAAUCAUGAAUGUUUUUCAAAUACACACUCUUUGUCAUGGGACCUUAGUGAUGAAUUGUGUUUGAGGAAAAAUAGCUUUGUUUCAAGUGGUUCUGAAAAGCCAAUGAGUACCUCUUUAUUAGAAGGUUCAGAGUUUCCAAAUACUACCGAUGUAUUUUCAGGAUCUGUAAAAUGGGCUAACGGUGAAAUGGACAGCUGUCAAGGCAGUGGUCCAUCUGGAAAAUACUUUUUUGAAGUGCCUCAACACAAAGAUUCCAAAGAAACUGAGAAACUGAAAAUGUCUGCUACUCCAGAACCUGGAGUAUUUACAAGUGACACUGGUGCUAUGCAUUUGGAGGACACAUUGGGAUCAAAUAAAAAGAUGGUUGCAGAUGACCGUCUACAUCAUUAUGUGGACGAAAUUAUGGAAAAGGGUGACAGAAACUUAAAUAUUUGUGCUGCCCAAGUGCUAAGUAGUGAGCCAGUUAUUCCAGUAUUGCAAAUCAAAGAAAGUCUUGAAACCAAAUAUGUUAAUGAGGUACAUUUGGAGGAUGCCAGCUCUUUACAGUCUUGCCACAAAUCCAAGUAUCCCAUUUCAGAUGCAAUAGAUGUUCUAAAUAACCUAUCUGGACCAAGCUGUGAUGAUACCUUUUUAAUACCUAGCCCAAAUUCUAGCAACCAGACACAAACGUCCACACCUUUACCAGAAUCCAGAAAUAUAACCUUUGCAGUUCCAGAACUGGACAACCUUUCAGAGCAUGAUGAUAAAAGGAAAUCAAAUGUUUCUCUGAAGGACCCUAAAAUUAAUGACCUUGAAUGUUUCAGAUCUGGCUGUAUAAAUGGAACUUUAAAACCAGCCACUAGAAAACUUGCUGUUGUACCUCCAGCCAGCAAGGCAAAGAAAAAUGAAGUGAUAAGCUUUCCCAAACCUAAUUUUAAAAAUGUAAAGGCCAAGGUAUCGACUAGACCAGCAUUACUGUCAAAGGAUGGGAUAUCUUCAUCUUCUAAGCCUUCUGCUAGAUCUCCUUUGUCUACUGCAUCUUCACCUGUUGUCUCUCCAAGAACUACUGCUUCUGCUAUCAAUACCUUGAGAAAGAAAUCUAUUCAAGAGCACAACCUGAGAACAGAAACACCUAUUGCUAAAUCACAGAAGCAAGCAAUUAAUAAGCCGCUCUUCCCCAGCCAAGUUGCACAUGUCCCAACCCAUUCGAAACAUGCUUUAGGUAAAGUUUCCAGAACGGCUGUAUUGAAACAAACACAAGAUGAUCUCGACAAAGCAAGUUCUUCAAAUUCAACACACUCCUCUGGCUCAGCUGCAGCUGUAACCUGUACUGCUAGCUGCAGACCACUGGAAACUGGUGAGAAACCCAGUACUGUCCCAACACAAACUGCAGGGAGAAUGGCACCCAUGGGGCCAGAUAAAAUAACUCAGAAUGGCAUUGUUGAUCCUCCUUAUGAACAAGCAGAUUCCCAAAACGGCAACUGCAUAACUGGAGAUAUAUUUGCGAACCUUGUGCCUUUGGCAAAUUCAGCGAAGAAUCUAAACAAGAAUCUGGUCUCUUGUCUGAGGAAUUCAGCCACACAGUCAGCCUGUCCUGCCAGAGGAAGAGCUCUGCCGAAUGACCAGCGGCGAGGAAGCACAACCAGGAAUGCAGUGACUGUCAGGGUAUCGUCUCCUCCCAAGGUCGCCCCACAAACCGUAAUAGAUGUAGGUUUAGGCUCUCCUAAAAGAAAACCUAUAUCUGUAAAAGAUUCUGCAGCCAUUGGGACAAGAUCACUGCCUAGAUCGAGAGUACCGGUUAAAGGGACAACAAUACAGAGAACGCCUAGCGUAUCGUCAGUGUGCAGCACUCAGAGUGAGCAAAGCACACAGAGUAGCAGGUCUACCACCACCAGCAUCAAAACUGAGGAAGUGCCAGCAAAAUGCAUGCGGCAAAAUGGAGUCUCCUGUGCGCAACCUCUAAAAAGCACAUUUUCAAGAGUCCGAUCCCAGUCUCUCAAAGUCACGCAGACGGUUACAAAGAAGAGCCCAUCUGCAAUCCCAGCUGUUACCAAAUUUACACCAUCUUCCGUACCAGUCACCAGGAGGGUGGAACUGAAAACAUCUAGUAAUGCUGGUAACCUUGGUGUACAUGGUCUGCGAAAUAUUGCAGUUGAAAAGGGUAAACAGAAGACCAGUCCAAGAGGGCCAGUCGCUCACGCCCAGACCCCACCAGUUGACACAAAGGCUAAUGAGUUAACAGAAUGCAAAGCAGUCUGUGAGCAGCAGAGAGGGGUCAUAAAACAGCUGAAAAACCUACUGACCAGCAGCAACCAAAGGUUUGAAGCUCUGACUGUGGUCAUUCAGCAGGUGAUAAAUCAGCGUGAAGAUGCUCUCAAGAAACGCAAAGAACUCUCUCAGGAACUUCUCAACUUGCGUGGAGAUUUAGUAUCAACAUCCAGCACAUGUGAGAAAUUGGAAAAGGAGAAGAAUGAAUUGCUUGUGGCUUAUGAGGGCAUCUUACAGAAAGUGAAGGAUGAACACCAGGCAGAACUCAAUGACUUGGAGGAGAAAUUGAAGCAAUUUUACAUAGGAGAGUGUGAGAAACUGCAGAGUAUUUUCAUAGAAGAAGCAGAAAAGUAUAAAAAUGAACUUCAGGAAAAGGUGGAUGACUUAAAUUCUACACAUGAAUCCUUCAGGUUGGAGAUUGAGGUCAGCCACUCGAAUACCAUUGAGACACUAAAGGAAGAUUUCGAGAAAUCGUUAACAGAGAUCAAAAACACUCAUGACAAAGAGAACAAAACAAUAGUAGAAUCUUUUAAGGAAAAACAAGCCGAAUUAGAGAAAAAGAUUGAAGAACUGAAACAGGAAAAUGAAUCUUUGAAGGAGAAACUAAAAUGUGAGGAAGAGCAAAGGAAAUUAUCCAAAGAGAAGUCUGUGCAGAAAAAGCCACAGGUUAUGUAUCUGGAGCAGGAGUUGGAGAGCCUGAAAGCAGUUUUGGAGAUAAAAAAUGAAAAACUGCACCAACAAGACAAAAAAAUUAUGCAGAUUGAGAAGCUGGUGGAGACCAACACAAUUCUAGUGGAGAGACUGAAUAAAUGCCAACAGGAAAAUGAAGAUCUGAAGGCUCGAAUGGCUAACCAUGUAGCUCUCUCAAGGCAGCUUUCCACUGAACAAGAGGUCCUGCAGCGAUCGUUGGAGAAAGAGUCUAAAGCAAACAAACGCCUAUCCAUGGAGAAUGAAGAGCUCCUCUGGAAAUUGCACAAUGGAGACUUAUGCAGCCCAAAAAAACUUUCUCCGUCUUCUCCUGGCAUUUCUUUUCACACUCCACGGAACUCAGGCUCAUUUUCAAGUCCAACCGUGUCUCCCAGAUGACACCCCUUUAAUUAAUAGACUAUACAAACAUUUCAGGAAAGAGACACAAACGAUGGGGGGAAAGCUAUAUUAGCUAUCUAUUAACAGAAAUAUGACUGGAAUUCUUGGUGUGGGUAAACGGUUAUAUAUCUUACUGGAAUUAAAGGAGCAUUGUUUUAAAGUUCCUCAUUCAACAAAGAAAAAGACUGUAUCAUAAUAUAUGUAUAUGAACAUUGUUGCACAAAGCACUUACUAGCAAGAUACCAAGAUUCUUGCCUUUUUUUUUGCCUUUUUUUCACUUACAGCGAGUUUUUAGUAGGGAAAAAAAAGCUCAGGGCUUGUAGAUAAAAGAUCACAACCUUUCUAUAGUUUCUUUCACCAGAAAAUCUUUCCCUUUUUUUUUGUUUUUUGGUUCCCUUUUUUGAUAAGGUGGGUGUGAUGUGAAUGAGUUGGAUGUAACGCAGUGUGUGUGCUUCAUAUUGCCUUUUGUGCUCUGUAUGUAAUAAAGGAAAAAGUAACAUUUUCUUUUGGGAUAUUGUUUGUCGAAUCUUGUUCCUGUUUUAAAGAAGUGGAACAGAAGGUAAUCUGCAAUUUCUGUUGUGAAUCCCUGCUUUUUUUGCUCAUUUUUUCUUUUUUCUUUUUUUUUUAUGAAAACAUUGGAAGGAUAUUUCUUUCAUUGUGUGAUAAAUGAUGGGCUUUGGCUCACCCCAUACACAGCAGUGCUUUUACGCAGAACCAAAAUUUGUGUCCAAGCAACUUGCUUUUAUAUGGAAACUAUAGCAGGUGUAAACGCAAUUUGUUUUGGUCUAUGCAAGCGACCCCCCUUUUGUUUUGUUUUUGGGGGGAUUUAACUCUUAGGUGCAAGACACCCACAUCUUUAAUUCUCCAUGUCUACACAAAACCUUUGUACAUAAAUCAUACUUGUUUUCUGCCUUAAUUUAUUAACAAAAAGUUGUCUGUUUCCAGCAGAUGCAUGUAACCAGCAUCUCUAAGUUACCAGAAUUUCCUUUUUUGACUAGUGGAGUAGCUGAUCACUAUGCUUCCCACUGUGGCCUAAAGCAGAGUUAAUACUCGCUCUGUAGUUCAGUUAUCCGGCUCUUAUGUGAUCUGUCAGAAAGAUGUGAAAGAUGUGGACGCCAACAGAUCCUGAUGUGGUAACAAGGAGAAUAAUACAAUUCUGUAUUGUUAUGGGAUAUUUGAAGUCUGGUUUUAAGAAACUCUUAUCCAAAGUAACCUUUACAUCGUCUUUGCAUCCCUUCUUUGAUCCUUUUCUUUUUAGUUAAGUGGAGCUUCACUGGGUUUCUGGAGGGAGUUUUGGGAGUGCUUUUAUAAAAAAUAAAUUAAAAUUAAUUGCGAGCCAUGGUUAAAUUGCCAUAGGGGUGCUUGGAAUUACAAAGAAAGUUUGUUUUGCAACAACUUGAGUCAAUGUAUUUGAAGUUUUCAUUAUUUGACAGUUCACUAUGGUAUUUAUCAGUUUGUGUACUGAGGCGAGAUGGAUGGAGCAAGUAAGCCGCUCAAUGCACCCCACAGGCGUCCAAAGUGUUAAAAUGAUGUAACUUGUCUGAACAUAUACCUGUUUCUCACCCGCAUGUGUUUUUCAUUGAACUGACUCUGACCACGUCUGAAUCAUAGGAUUUCAUUUCGGGCAUUGGAAUGGGCAAAUAUGGGCACACUAAGGAUAAUGUGUUUUGUGUAUUAGGUUUUGCUUAUGUUUUUGUUUUUUGUUUGUUUUAACUUUCAUUUUCAUCUGCAUCAUGCAAAUGUAUGUAGCUUAUAGGAAAUGUGGAUGUACAAAGAUAUAAUAAAGCUGUAGUUGCUUGGUUUGUUAUGAUGGAAAAUAUAUUCUGACAUGUGAUAAGAAAAUAAAUUUAUUGGUGCAAUAAUUUACUUCCAAA